CCCCCCCUCCCAUCCCGCCGUUGCCCCGGGUGACGCCCCGCGCUUUUGCGGCGGCCGCCGCGCCCGGCGCCUUUGCGACAGCGUCGGCCGUAAAGCGAGGAGCGGGGAGCGGCCGCCGGCGGGAUGGACGCCCGCUUCACCCGGGGGAAGUCCCCGCUGCUGGAGCGGGCGCUGGGUCGCCCCCGCUGCGAGGUCAGCCUCAGCGCCUUCGCCCUCCUCUUCUCCGAGCUGGUCCAGUACUGCCAGAACCGCGUCUACUCGGUGGCCGAGCUGCAGGCCAAGCUGGCCCGCCUGGGCCACCAAGUGGGCCUCCGCGUCCUGGACGCCUUGGUGGCCCGGGAGAAGAGCGGACGGCGGGAGACGAAGGUCCUCAACGUCCUCCUCUUCGUGAAGGGCCCCGUUUGGCGGGCGCUCUUCGGCAAAGAGGCCGAUAAGUUGGAGCAGGCCAACGACGACGACAAGACCUACUACGUCAUCGAGAAGGAGCCCUUGGUCAACACCUACAUCUCGGUCCCCAAGGAGAACAGCACCCUCAACUGCGCCGCCUUCACCGCCGGCCUGGUGGAGGCCGUCCUCACCGCCAGCGGCUUCCCGGCCAAGGUCACCGCUCACUGGCACAAGGGCACCACCCUCAUGAUCAAGUUCGAGGAGGCCGUCAUCGCCCGCGACAAGAGCCUGGAAGGGCGCUGAGGUGGCACCUGGGGCUCUCCCGCGAGGACCUCGCAGGUGGUUCGGGUUCCUCGUUGCCCUCCCUCGGGCCUCGGGAUGCUUCUUGGGCCGCUCGACGGGACGUCGGAGCUGCUUUGGGUCCCCGGGCGCCAUCCGACGUCCCUCCUGGUGGCCCUUGGUCUCCCUCAGGGACGUCGGAGCUGCUUUGGGUCCCUGGGCGCCAUCCAACGUCCCUCCUGGUGGCCCUUGGUCUCCCUCAGGGACGUCGGAGCUGCUUUGGGUCCCUGGGCGCCAUCCAACGUCCCUCCUGGUGGCCCUUGGUCUCCCUCAGGGACGUCGGAGCUGCUUUGGGUCCCUGGGCGCCAUCCAACGUCCCUCCUGGUGGCCCUUGGUCUCCCUCAGGGACGUCGGAGCUGCUUUGGGUCCCUCACCACGAUUCCGUGUCCCUCCUGAUGGAUCUUUGGGUCCCCAGGCGCCAUCCAACGUCCCUCCUGGUGGCCCUUGGUCUCCCUCAGGGACGUCGGAGCUGCUUUGGGUCCCUGGGCGCCAUCCAACGUCCCUCCUGGUGGCCCUUGGUCUCCCUCAGGGACGUCGGAGCUGCUUUGGGUCCCUCACCACGAUUCCGUGUCCCUCCUGAUGGAUCUUUGGGUCCCCGGGCACCAUCCAACGUCCCUCCUGAUGGCCCUUGGUCUCCCUCGGGGGUGUUGGAGCUGCUUUGGGUCCCUCACCACAAUUCCGUGUCCCUCCUGAUGGAUCUUUGGGUCCCUGGGUGCCAUCCAACGUCCCUCAUGUCCUUUGGUCUCCUUCAGGGACGUUGGAGCUGCUUUGGGUCCCUCACCGUGGUUCCAUGUCCCUGCUGAUGUCCUUUGGGUCCCUGGGCACCAUCCAACGUCCCUCCUGAUGGCCCUUGGCCUCUCCUGGGGACAUUGGAGCUGGUUCGGGUCCCUCACCGCCAUCCCUUGUCCCUCCUGAUGGCCCUUGGCCACCUUCAGUGACACUGGGUUCCCUUCGUGUCCCUGGACACCAUCCCUUGUCCCUCCUGAUGGCCCUCGGUCUCUCCUGGGGACACUGGAGCUGGUUUGGGUCCCUCACCGGCGUCCCUUGUCCCUCGUGGUGGCCCUCGGUGUCUCUCGGGGACGCUCAAGUUGGUUGGUGUCACUAUAAACCGUCUCUCGUCCCUCCGA